GCCACCGCCAACGUCGACGGGCUUGAGCCCAUCGAUAUGUAUGUCUACGGCGACUUGAACACCGCAGGGUACACGCUCUGAGGUGCACGGCAGUUGACAAAUCUGUUUUCUGGUGGCCUCCGCGCUCUACGACCAUUAAGGACGGCGGAGGCGUCCAAAAUAGGGCAGCGCCACAUUUCUCAUUUUUGCUCCGAUCCAGGACGUCAGAACGGCCUGUUCAAGGAGGAGGCGGUUUAACCGCCCCCCCGCCGGAUCUUAGCAAAAGACACGACAGCGCCGCGGAGCGUAUCGGACGCGGAAAAAAGACAUGGAGACUGGCUUACACAUCCCUUCGCGGGGUGUGGCCAACGAAGCGAACGGAAUGACGAAGAAAAAGAAGAAACUCACCCAGCCCUCGCUUUCGGCCGCCGGUGCGGGAUGGGCGAGCGGGCGAGCCAGCGAGCUAGCGAGCCAACCAGCCUCGGUUCGACUAAAACUGGGAGGCUUGCUUCCGUUCCAGGAAAACGGAAUGCACGGAUGGUUGGACGGAGGGACGGAUAAUGGAGGGUGCUUACUUACUCACCUCAACUUGGGAUCGGGACUGGGGCCUCGUGGUUCAUCGGGGCGUGGCGUUUUGGGUAGGAGUCUUCAUCAUCUUGAGAUGGUGGGUGGCGGCUGGGCGCCUGGCGCUUUGGUGCUCGGUGCUUUGGUACUUGGUGUCUUUACCUUGGCUUGGGGUUCUGGGUCUCGGGUUUUUACUAGUUAUAAUGGACGGGACCAAUACCCACCCGGCGGAUGGCGGGAUGGAUGGAUGGAUGGAUGCAUUUGGGACAUACAAUGACGUUAGUUGACUUAAUGACAUGAUGAUCAUCAUCACAACACAGGUGUA